CAAGUAUGACCAGUGCAUCACUGUUUUUUAACAAUGUGUGGCAGAAAAAAUCCAAUAAAAAGCAGAUAUUUUUAAAUCAAAUGUAGUAAAAAAGAAGAAUAGGAUCAAUAAAAUGAAAGAGGUAGAACAGGAGGACAAAACAUUCAUGUUUCUCUGCUUUUUAUUCGUUUAGGAUGUGUUUCCUUGUUCAUUUGUUUUGAACAUGUACUUACUGAGUUUUGGUUCAACAAUUAAAAAGGUCUGAAAUCCAAUAAGAAUUUCACUGCAGUGCGACAUUUAUUUCACAUUAAAGUAAAAACAUUGUGUUUUUUAUAAAAAAUUGAUCACAAAAAAAGUAAAAACAUUGUCACAGGCAGAAAAAGAGGCAGAUUCUUCGUGUGAUUGUCUGAAUAAAUGAGAUUUCUGAUUUCAACAGUGUUUAUUUCUCUCAAUAAUAACAACAUAAGCUUCUUUUAACAUCCUCACAUUGAAGCAGCAGAACAUCAGUGAAGGUUGGACACGUACACCGUUCACCUCAGAGAAAGAGCAGCGAUGAGUUCCCUGGACGACGCGAGUCCCGUCCGAGUGUCGGCUGACUGCGCUCUGCAGAGUCCGGCUGAACACAUCACACAGGGGGCGCAGAAAUCCUUCACAGAGGUGAUUGAUGUGAAGUCAGCAGGAAUGAACUCACUCUCUUUUGUUCGACAGGUGUUGGCAGCGUGUCUGUGUCCACAGCUGCUCACAGACCACAGUCUCCCUCAGGACGUCAGACUCAGAGCUCAGUGUCUCCUGGACGCCUGUGAUGGAGGAAGUGUGGGUUCCUAUAGUCCUUCAGCUGGAAUAACUCACGUCAGACAAAGCAUCACAGAUUUCAUCACCACACGAGACGCUGGGGUUCCUUCAUACAGCAAAGACAUCUUCAUUUGCGUUGGUUCUCAAGGCGCAUUAAUGCUGCUUGUGAAGCUGCUGGCCCGCGGUGAGGGUCAGACUCGCACCGGCGUGUUGACCCCUGCGCCCUGCUCGCCAACACUGCCUCUGCUGCUGGACGCCGCCGGCGUGAAGCUGCUGCCGUAUCAGCUGACAGAGGAGCGAGGCUGGGCCACGGAGGUGGACGAGCUGCGGCGAGCGCUGACGGCGGCCAGAAGUCACUGUGAGCCCCGAGCCAUUUACAUUAGCAACCCCGGAAACCCCACAGGACAUGUGCAGGACAGAACAUCGAUAGAAGAAGUGAUUGAGUUCGCUGCAGAUCAGGGACUCGUGCUGUUGGCUGAUGAGGUGAUUAUGAACCCAUCAUUGAAAAUGUAUCCUCACAUUAAGCUGACACGACUCUUUUCCUUUGUCUCUGCACUGCAGGUGUACCAGGACAGCGUGUACGGGCCGCACGCACACUUCAUCUCCUAUAAGAAGGUCCUGUUUGAGAUGGACCCGGAGCUCUCAGAGACGGUGCAGCUGGUCUCCUUUCACUCGUUAUCCAGUGGCUGCAUGGGAGAGUGUGGUCUGAGGGCAGGUUACAUGGAGGCAAUCAACCUGGACCCGGAUGUGAUGCAUUACUUUGACGUCAUGUUGACCUUUGACAUCAGCGCUCCGAUCACAGGACAGCUCGCUCUGGACCUUAUGGUCCGUCCACCUAAACCUGGAGAGGCGUCCUAUGACACGUACACACAGGAAAUUCUCCUCACUAAAGCCACUUUGUCCGAGAAUGCUCAGCGGGCGUGGCAGGUCCUGAACGAUCUACCGGGGAUGAGUUGUCAGCCUGCGAUGGGCGGAAUCUACCUGUAUCCCAGUCUGCAUUUACCACCUGAGAUUAUAGAGCAGGCCAAGGUGUUGCAGGUGGAGGCCGACGUUCUCUUCUGUCAGAUGUUGCAGCAGGAAGAGGGCGUGUUAGUCGGAGCCGGUUGUCAAUGCGACGGAGACCCUCGCAGACAUCAUCUGAGGUUGUGUGUCCUUGUUCCGGCCGACACUCUGGAGGAGGCUCUGGCUCGUCUCCGCUCUUUCCAGCUCCGUCUCAUGGGCAGAUUUCCUCACGCAAACAAAGGUGUGAAGGACAAACACAGAGCGACCGCGAUGAGCGUGAACCUCAGAGAGUCGCCGCGUGGAAAGCACAUUUAAUGGGACGACUUCUGGACGCUGUCUUCUUGCACUCUCUGGUGACUCUAAAUGUUUCUUAAAGCUGGCAUUAAAGUUCUGUUCAGACAUUUAGAGACAAA